GAGGAGCGGGGUGGAGGACAGAGAGAAACUUCCCUUCCCCUUCUGCCUUUCUCACAAAACCAAACAUGGCAUCUUCCAUGAGGAGCUUGUUUUCUGAUCAUGGCAGAUACGUUGAAGCUUUUCGCCGGUUUCUGGCUAAUUCCACGGAGCACCAGUGCAUGCAGAAUUUCAUUGAGGAGAAGCUGCCAGGCAUUAUAGCAAGGAUUGGAGACACAAAAUCAGAAAUUAACAUUCUAAGCAUAGGUGGUGGAGCAGGAGAAAUUGACCUCCAAAUUAUUUCUCAAGUUCAAGCUCACUAUCCAGGAAGUUACAUCAACAAUGAAGUAGUUGAACCAAAUGCUGAACAAAUCACCAAAUACAAAGAGCGUGUAGCCACAGCAUCAAACCUCAAGAACAUAAAGUUUGCUUGGCAUCAGGAGACAUCAUCUGAAUAUCAAAAUAGAAUAACGGAGAAAAAAGAGCUUCAGAAGUGGAACUUUAUUCACAUGAUACAGAUGCUGUAUUAUGUAAAAGAUAUCCCAGGUACUCUGAAAUUUUUCCACAGUCUCCUGGAUACCAAGGGCAAGAUCCUUAUUAUUCUUGUGUCAGGAACCAGUGGUUGGGACAAACUGUGGAAAAAGUAUGGAACCCGAUUACCCCAAAAUGAUCUCUGUCUCUAUGUGUCAUCCUCUGACAUCACUCGAACCCUGGAAACUUUGGAAAUUAAAUAUGAAUGCUUUGACCUUCUGUCUACAAUGGAUAUAUCAGAUUGCUUCAUUGAAGGCAAUGAAAAUGGAGAGUUGCUUCUGGACUUUUUAACAGAAACCUGUCACUUCAGCAAAACUGCUCCACCUGAUCUCAAAGCUGAGAUUAUUGAAGACCUUCAAAGGCCAGGAUUCAGUGUAAAAGAGAAGGGAAAGAUUCUUUUUCACAAUCACUUGAGUUUCAUCGUGGCUGAGGCAUAGCUCAGGUGUUCAUCUAUCAUUCAACAAGCAUUUAUUAAGCACCCACUAUGUGCAGGGUACUGUACCCAGUAGGGAGGUGAGGGGGAAUUCAAAAGCAGAAAAAGAAUGUUCUUGACCUGAAGGAGUGUAUAUUCUAUAGGAGAAGAUAACAUGUGUAUAUAAGCAUAUGCAAAAUAGGACAAUUCAUUUGAAAGUUACAAGGUACAGAAUAGCAGUAAUUUACUCUUGCAUUAUAAUACAACAUAUAAUAUUCUUAAUAUAUCACAAUCUCAUAUAAGUUGAGGCUGAUCAUAAUCCAGACCUGAGACAACCUGGAAGGUCCAUUACCUUCCGUCAUCUAGAUAGAUAGAUAGAUAGAUAGAUAUAGAUAUAAAUGGUAUUUUAAAAUGUUAUCUGAUACAGCUGAAGCUCAUCAACCUCUCUCCCAUAUAAAGGUCAUUUCUAAAGUUUACAUGAGAGAUCCAGCUAAACCCAGUUGCCUAAACUACAGUGCAUGCUAUAUAAUGAUGCCCUAGGGCUAAUUAGUGUAGGCUUAGGAGAGCCAGUUAAAUUUUUGUUUAAAUUUUAAAUUGUUAAAAUUUCAAUAUAACAAUUUAUACCUUGGAUAUCAGAAAAUACUGUAAAUCAGUCCUUGAUUUAUUUUUGAUGAUUAUUUAGAAAGUGAUGAAGAAAAUUUUAACAAUGCAGAUUAAAUUUCAAAGUGCUUUAUACAUUCCCCCUGCCCUUUCUCUUUAGAGCUUGUUGUCAGGAGCACAUCUUGGCCACACUUACCUGAAAGAGCUAAUGAACUAUUCUACUCCCUUGUUUAUUCUAGUGAUGAACACCUUUUGCUUUAUCUUCUCUAAAUGCCUUCUCAAAUACUUCUUUAAAUAGAUUAUUUUACACAGGUAGUAGUAGUUUGUUCAAUCAGAUAACUGAAUGUCAACCUUAAACCAUUAAUCUUGGAGAUUAAAAAAGACAACAAAAACAUUUAACUUAUGGAUAUGAUGAUUUUAAUAAUUUUACCUUGAAUGACAUUAUCAUUAUGAUGUGAUAUAAAUAAAGAUAUUAUGGAGGCAA